UUGUAGGCAGCUCCGUUCCUCUACCUUGGGUCUCUGUAUGGAGAGGAACCAUUGUUUUCUCCCUUACCUGGCUGAACAGUUUGCGUCUGGAUAGCUGGCUGGGCUCUUGCUCUUUGCAAGACGUUGCAGGACCAAGGACUGGAGGUAUCGCCGCCAGCCCUUUGAGGAAGGCCUCUCGGAAGAGAAGAUCUUGCAAAUUUAACAUGGAGGACCCAGGGACAAAGAAGGUGCCCAUGAUCGCUGCUCGUGAGACAGGUCCCGGACCUGGAUGUUACAGCUUGCCUCCGACUGUGGGUUUUGUCAACCAUGACUACACUCGCUUCGCCAGUCCAGCGUACUCUUUUCACCAGAGACUCAACAAUAGCAUACAUCCGAAAGACUCAAGUCCUGGCCCAUGUUACUAUGUAGAACCUGAGCUGACCCGUUUUGGAAGAGCUAGGGGACCAUCCUUUUCCAUUCUGGCACGAGCCAAACCUCAGGGUAUACCUGAGACCCCUGGGCCAGCCACAUACAGUCCAGGGAGGGUGCCUCCUCCAUCCCAACGGAGACCACCAUCCUAUUCCAUAGGUGGCCGUACCAAGUACCGCCUGGUGGACCCUGUGCCUGCCCCUAACAGCUACACCCUUCCUUCACUCCUAGGCCCACGGGUCCCCAGCAAACCUUCCAGCCCCAGUUUCACCAUCACCGGCUGGAAUGCCAGAGGCAGUUAUUCUGAAGACCUCAGCCAAACACCAGGGCCCGGAUGUUACAAGGCUACGGACCCCAAUGUCUACUUGUGCCGUUCGCCUGCAUUCUCGAUGCUGGGGAGGACCAAGAAGCCCACCAGCCACUUUUGCACACCGGGGCCUGGCACACAUAGCCCUGAGAAGGUGACAUUUCACAGGACAGGGGCUCCUUCCUAUUCCCUCGGCAUUCGUCACUCAGACUUCCUCAUGCCUCUCAUUUCAGAUACUCCUCCAAAAUGGUAGGGCAGCACAAGCAAGGGUCCUCUUAAGCCAGCCUCUUGAGGGUCAGUUUUGUAGAUCUACAGGAGGGUCGAUUUUGACUAAACCUUAGAAAGGACUUCUUGAGAGUGAAAGGAGUUUGGCAAUGGAACCAAUUGCCUGGAGAGGUGGCAGGCUGUCCUUCUCUGGAUGUCUUCCAAAAAGAGGCUGGACAGCUCCCUGCUGGGGAUGCUCUAGCUCAGU